AUGGAAGAACCCGAUCGCAAGAGGAGUAGAACCUCGAGUGAACAUACAGAAGAAACUGCUGAAUUGCCAAAAGGAUGGGAAAAACGGAUGAGUCGUUCAAAUCAAUUCUAUUAUUUUAAUGUCUUUACGGGCCGAAGUCAAUGGGAACGGCCAACAAAACCUGCUGAUCCUGCACAAGCUAAUUUGAAGGAGGUUCAUUGUGCUCAUCUAUUAGUAAAACACAUUGGAUCAAGACGGCCAUCGUCAUGGCGAUCUGAUGUAAUCACAAGAUCGAAGGAGGAGGCCCGAAAUAUUUUAAUUGGCUAUAAAAAGCAAAUCGAGGAAGCUUCUGAUAAAAGGACGAAAUUGAAGGAGUUAGCAAAAGAAUUCAGCGACUGUUCUUCGGCAAAGCGGGGUGGCGAUUUGGGGACUUUCGGACGGCGUCAAAUGCAAAAACAAUUCGAAGAUGCAGCAUUUUCUUUAAAAGUAGGCCAACUGAGUGAUAUUGUAGAAACUGAUUCAGGACUUCACCUUAUAUACAGACUAGGUUGA